CAAAGGGAAAAUAUCAAGCAGGGGAAGGGAGAGAGGGUGAAGAAGGGAAAGUGAGAGAGAGGAAGAGAGAGGGGAAAGAUGGCUAGUGAAUUCAAAAAGAAAAUGUUCUGGAGAGCAGUGGUGGCUGAGUUCUUUGCCAUGAGCCUCUUUAUUUUUAUCAGCAUUGGCUCGGCUCUGGGUUUUAGUUUCCCAGUUGUGGGCAACAAAACAUCCACAAAGUCUCAAGACAACGUGAAGGUCUCGCUGGCUUUUGGGUUAUCCAUUGCUACCAUGGCACAAAGCGUGGGCCACAUCAGCGGCGCCCACUUGAACCCCGCGGUGACCUUGGGCCUUCUGCUGAGCUGCCAGAUCAGCAUCUUCAAGGCACUCAUGUACAUCAUCGCUCAGUGCCUGGGGGCAGUGGUGGCCACAGCGAUCCUCUCGGGAGUCACCUCAUCUCUCCCAAACAACCUCCUGGGGCUCAACGCGCUUUCAGAUGGAAUCAAUGCAGGCCAAGGAUUAGGUAUUGAAAUCAUUGCAACCCUCCAGCUGGUGUUGUGCGUCCUUGCCACCACAGAUCGGAGAAGGAAUGAUGUCUCAGGAUCAGCACCUCUGGCCAUUGGACUCUCUGUUGCCUUGGGACACCUUCUUGCUAUUGAUUACACCGGGUGUGGAAUUAACCCAGCAAGAUCUUUUGGCUCAGCACUGAUUGCCAACAAUUUUGAAAAUCACUGGAUCUUCUGGGUUGGCCCAAUUAUUGGAGGAGCAAGUGCUGCCCUCAUUUACGACUUCAUCCUGGCUCCCAGAAGCAGUGACCUAACCGACCGCGUGAAGGUGUGGACCAGCGGCCAAGUAGAGGAGUAUGAUCUGGAAGGAGAUGAUAUGAACUCCAGGGUUGAAAUGAAGCCAAAAUAAAGAAGGACAAAGAGGGGAAAAAGCACAUUGAUUUCUGAAGAUUUUAUCAGUGUUAUAGACUCUCUGUAAACCAUCAAGCAGUACUUUAUUUUUUAAUUCAAUAUGGUUUUCCAUUUUUUUGCCCCCAAUCUUUAUAGCAUUUUUAUAUCUGGGGUUUUUCCAUUACAAAGUCUUCAGGCCAAGAAGUCGUCAGACACUUGUGCCUAAGCUAAAUAAAUGGGAUUAAAAUGUAACACUUCCCUUACCAUCACUAAGUUUUCUGGUGUGUGUAGUGUGGGUUGUUCUUCAGCACAUCACUCAGUAACGACUCAGUUCAGAUGACUGGUCUGUUUGCUGAAGGAAUAGAUACCUAGGACAAAGAGCUACCUGUACCAAUAAUGGAGGUUUUAUAACCUAUACUGGAAGAAGAAUUUUUACAAAAAGUACAAGGUGAUAUCAAAAGUUAGCAGCUUAUGCGAAAAAUUAUCUCAAACUAUUGCCCCAAAACAUUUUUGCAAAAGAAAAGCCACUAAAAAAAAAAAAAAAAGUUAUGUUGAAUCAAUCCUAGUUUUCAGUAUUAUUGAUAAUCUCCAAGAAAGAGACCAGAAAUUUGUUAAGCAGGACAAAAAUCUCCAAGAUCCCAGAAUCCCUUCCAAUCUUUCAUUGUCCUUGAACCUGCAUGCAGCCCAUUACGAGGAUAGGGAAUAAGCAACAACAGCAAAAAGAUAAGUGAAUUCCUGGGAAGUAAUAACUAGAAGUCAAUUUGGAGAACAGUGAUAACAACGGCAACAAGAACAACAUGCUGCCAACAUGUAAACAGGAUCUGAUUGUUCCUGUGCCUCCUCUGCCUUUGUUCGUCUUACAUAAUUUAACUCAGUCUUUUAAAACACGCCAGGAAGAAAAAGGCCCCUUUCUUCCUGACCCCAUUUUAAUAACUAGUACUAUGAAAUUCAGGGACAACGACUAGAUAUACAUGAGCAUGCUUUCUAAUGAGGGACAAAUAAAUACUUGUGUGUAAGUCCAUUUGGGGGUUGUUUUUUUUUUUUUUAUAUAUAUAUAUAUAUAUAAUUGUUUAUAUGUAUGUUUUCUACAGAAAGCCUAGUAUACUGUUUUAUAAGAAAAUGAGAGCAGAAGAUAAGUGGGAAGAAUUACAGAAGUGCUUAGCAAAAUAAAUGACACUGGAAAUGUAAAGAAAACUAACAAUUCUAAACAACGUGGACAGCUAUUUUCUGUUGUCGUUUUUGUGUGUUUGCUACUUUCGAUUUCCUGAGUAACCCAUAGGAGUAGCUGGUCUUUUAUACUAACUAUAGAAUAUAGCUAAAGCAGAUAGGUGCUGAUACACUUAUUCUGCUGUAAACAGUUUUACAUAAGAAAUAAGUCCUGGAGAAACCUAUGUGAAAAGCUAUAUAUACACUUCCCGUUCAGACAAGGGAUGGUUUGACGGAUAUCUCCUGUCAGGGAAACGGUGCGGACGUGGGAACCCAGAGAAGUUCAGGUGGGUUAGAUCAUUUCAUGAAGUUGAGUGGUGUAUGACGAAAACAAAGAAAUUCGAAACACCAGCAAAUCAAAAUAGAAUACGUUAUUUUUUCUUACCUACAUUUGGUAUAUUAUCCCAUGUAUUGUUUAUGUAAAUAUGGCAUGAUUGGAUUUUGGAGCGAUUAAAAAAUAAACAAAAUCAGUUGUGCUAACACAUGAAA